AUGGCGUCCUCUUAUCCUAAAGCAGACCUACUCUUGACUGUCACCUCCUUCUUGUAUGAUCUUCAUCCGGUAAGAGAGAGACCAAACACCCUUACCUUCAUAAGCAGUGUCCAUCUUGAUGGGUAACCAUACCUCAGUUUGUUAAAGUGAUGUUUGAUAAAGGAGUCAUUAUGAUUGGAGAUGUAUCAGCACUGGAUUCACUAAUAAAACUGUACAGACCUUCUUUCUUCAAUCAAUACACGAAGAGAAGUAAACUCACUGAUACUAAUAGCACCAUUACAAUACCAGUACAAGAAACAAUGGGGAAUAUAGCUACUGGUCAAACUGAGACAAAGAAGAGGUAUAUUGUACCACCUACUGCUAACCCUAUUAGUACUGAAGACACUCCAGCUGCUGACAGAAUACCAGACGCUCAAAAUCCACUUACACAAGGUAUGUACUACAUGUAUGUACCAUAUGGCUAGAAAUUACAAGAACAAUAUUGCAUGAAUUCCUACCUUUUUGGAAAGUUUUAAAAAUUGCAAUCUGAUAUCAUUUAGACAGACCAUAUAUACCGUAUAGAGCAUAAUGUUUGUGGGAUGCAAAUUUCACAGAUAAAGUAAAUUUGCAAAAUAUAAAACCAUGAAAUUAGUUAAUAAUCAAUUAUUUAUUGGUCUGUUGCAAAGGAUUCACGAAAAUAAACACCACAAAUGUCUUUUUGACUCAUUUUUGCGAAAUUUACAUCCCACGAACAUUAUACCCUAUACAGUAUAUGUCUUUAUAGUAUUCCUAGUUAAAAGAUCAAAGGGACCACCCAUUCUUUAAAAUUCAUAAUGCCACAGUUAGGCAUUUAUAGCACACUUAAGUAGUUAUUUCCCACUUAGCAAAAAAAUGUAAUUAUUAACAAAAGAAUGUCUUGAAUAAUGAUUAAUCACAAUCAUGUUGUCUUGUUUCUGAGUUACUUGUAAUGAAAGUUAAAUGUGCAGUGAGAUAGAGUAGAGAAUACAGGAGCAUUCCUCUGUUCUGUUUCAUCACUGGAGUUCUCUACUUU